AUGGCCAUGGCUGUGGGAGUCUGGGGGUCAUGGCUCUGGCACGCCAUCCCCAGUGGUGGCGCUGGCUGGAGAUGUAUAGCAACAUCCACAGCAUCUCAGCUGUCACCGACCACACUGAUAGAAAUGCAGAACAAUGUCUUCAAUAAAGAGAAAGACAGGCAGUCAUCACUAACUCCCCGGGCCGAGAAGAUCGAGGUUAAACUCGUUGGGAAAACGGACCCUGGCACCACAUUUGUGAUGAAUAAAAACGUGUCGACGCCCUACAGUUGUGACAUGCAUUUAAGUGAGUGGUACUGCAAGAAGUCCAUUCUGGCUCUUGUGGAUGAACAGCCGUGGGACAUGUACAAGCCUUUGACCAAACCCUGUGAAAUUCAGUUCCUUACUUUCAAAGAUCCUGAUCCAGGAGAAGUUAAUAAGGCUUACUGGUGGUCUUGUGCCAUGAUGAUGGGCUGUGUGAUAGAGAGGGCAUUCAAAGACGAAUACUUGGUCAGUUUGGUCAGAGCUCCAGAAGUGCCUGUGAUCGCUGGAGCCUUCUGCUAUGAUGUAGUUUUGGAUAAGAGGCUUGAUGAGUGGAUGCCAACAAAAGAGAACCUACGUUCUUUCACAAAAGAUGUUAAUACUUUAAUUUAUAAAGACCUUUCAUUUGAAACUCUGGAAGUUGAUGCAAAAGUGGCAUUAGAAAUAUUUCAACACAACAGGUAUAAAGUAGAUCUCAUAGAAGAAAAAGCAUCUCAGAAUCUUGAGAGAAUAGCCAAGCUGGGUUUUAGUUCUGUUCAACCCAGAGUUCUUAAUGGUCUUCUCCCCAGCAGACCCGGGAGAUAG